CUCAUAUUUAAUGUUCUUACUUUGCUACAACUUGUAUAUCAAUUAAAAACGCUUGAUGUAUACCGCGUCAAGCGAUAAUGGGAUUUAUGCCGUAUGUGGCAGAUGUGUGCUUGGUAACACUUGCAGCUAUUAUAAAAUGGACAUCUGCUCUUCAAUGUUACGACUGCCAAAAUGUGACCGAUGUGAACGCAUGCAACAAAACGGUCACUUGCGCUUCUAAUGAGGCAUGCUUCAUGGGUUCAACUUUGCUGACUAAUAUUGAACGGACGUACACUUUAACGUGCAAAGAUAAUAUUCAUUGUAACCCACUGGGUCCGUCAAGUGCUUUGGUUGGACGAUCUGUUGCAAAUGAUGAAUCGUCGUCUAUCAAACGUGAUGUAGCCUGCCACGAAUGUUGCGCCACACCCCUAUGCAACAAGGCUCUGUGUAACCAUCCGAGGCCGGCAACCUGUACUGACGACCAAUCUGUGGACUGUGCCAAGAUUCACUCCCUAUUCAAUGUUUGUGCUGACAUUCAGAAGGCUAAGUUGGUUUGUCCAAAGUUCUGCAACCUCUGCAACGUAGUUGAUGGAAAUUGGAACUGGUGGUCAUCAUGGAGUAGAUGUGACGUCACGUGUGCAAAUGGAACACAAACACGUCAUCGCACUUGCACUGAUCCUGCGCCUCAAAACGGCGGUCUGGAUUGUUUUGGAAUAGGAACCGAAAGUCAAAUGUGCAUACUAGAUCGUUGCCCGGUCCACGGUGGCUGGAGCCUUUGGUCACCAUGGGGAUCGUGCUCAGUCACGUGCGAUGUUGGCAUGCAGAGACGUGACAGGUCAUGUUCUAAUCCAUAUCCGUCAAAAGAUGGUGACCACUGUUAUGGAGAUUCCAGAGAUGACCAGAUUUGCUACGAGCCUGGAUGCACAAAUGGUGGGUGGUCGGCAUGGGAAAACUGGAGUUCUUGUACAGCAACGUGUGGAGGAGGUUUAAGAACAAGAGAUCGGAUGUGUAACAAUCCAUUUCCGUCAUAUCUUGGGCGUUAUUGCGAUGGUCCAUCGCAGAACAUUGACCUAUGCAACAAUGUUCCUUGUACAGGCACCGAUAUUCAAUUUGUUGUGGGCACACCAGUCAUGACACACUGCAGCGGAUUAAGAACAUGUGAGGUCGCAUUUGAUACAUUCAUAUCGCGUGCAAAUCCACAGUUUAAUCUUCAAACGGCAACAUUCACGGCUUCGAAGACUGGAACAUACUGGUUUGAGUGGAAUUUAAUAGCAGGAACCAAUUACCCAGACUGCUAUGUAUAUAAAAAUGAUAAUCAAAUCGCCAAGAUAGUACUCGACUCUAACCACACUCACGUGACAUAUGCUAAUCAGGUGCAGUUGAUGAUGAAUGAUUACGUCCGCUUAAAAAUGUGUGAUGUGAGCUGGUUUUUCGACCCAAACUUACAUUACAGUUCAACAUUUACAGGAAUCCUCAUAAGCUAACCAUUAAACUAUUAAAUAAAUGGUAGUUUUUUUUAUAUAUAUGGUAUCUUAGAACAUUAUAUACACAUAUAUUUCUUAAGUAUGUGAUCGUAACAUUGAAUUUAUAAAAUGUUGUCCUUUGAUUGCCUGUUUCCAAUGAAUCGAAUGUAGCAUUUAUACAAGCAUUGAAAUGUACAUAAAAGCAAAUGAAAUACGAAGUGGUAUUGCAGUCUUUGCUGACGAUACGUACUUUC